AUGUGUAAGGAUAGAUACGGGCGUUUUGUAUGCUGUCAAGAUUAUCAGAAUAUAUCUGGGACGUGUAAAGCUUGCAUUGGUUCUUAUGGAAAGGGUUGUUCAAAUCCGUGUACAUACGGGUACUACGGACAUGGGUGUCGUGAACGUUGUGACUGCACCGAAAAUCAGACAUGUGACAAAAGAAUAGGAUGUGUGGAGGUUAAGAGUACACAUUUCAACUCUGCAAUUUGUGAUAAUUUAAAAGGAAGCAAUCCUACCUGUUGUCAAGAUUAUAAGAAUAUUUCAGGAGAAUGUAUAGCUUGUAUUGGUUCCUUUGGAAAGAAUUGUUCAAAUCCAUGUAGUUAUGGGUUCUAUGGACAUGGUUGUCGUGAGCGUUGUGAUUGUAGCCAAAAUCAGAGAUGUGACAGAGAAAGAGGGUGUAUUGUUCCUAAUACUUCUUAUUCUAGUACAGCUCAGGACAAUAGUACGAAACCUUUUACAAGCAAUAGUUUACAAACAAUAAUACUUAUUCCAUGCGGUGUUCUUAUCUUUGUCUUUUUGGGGACAGUCUACAACCUCCGUAGAAAACUAAAAAAAGAACGUGAAUCAAAUGCAAAACUGGGUGAUACAGCAAAUACCUGUUUGGAAGAAGAGGGUGGAGGGGAUAUCUAUAGCUAUGUAAGAGAAUCAAAAAUGAUUGAAAAUAGAGAUGUCUCUCAAUCUGAAAAAUAUAGAAAGCUUGAAGGGAACAGGUCUCUGAUGACUCAAAUGUGCAAGAGCUCCGCUUGGCAAUAUGGAGAAGAAUGGCAAGAAUCGGCUAGUUGCUCUAGUCCUCUGGAUGAUGUAUAUAAUGGAGAACAUGGUAGUGGCCGUGAUCAGACUUAUUAUAAGGGACAUUGUAGCGAAAGUGAUACCUACAACCAUUUGCAACUGAAAAUUAUGUCUAGGGCUUGUAUGAAUAUGAAUUAUUACGCUUUAAUGAGUUCAAAUAAUUCAAUGUCAAUGAAAAACAUGAAUUAUGAGAAGGAAAGUUAUCGUAAAGAGGGUGAAUAUAUUGACCAAACAUAUAAAGAGAAUGGUCCAAUGACUAGAUCUGGAGUGAACCGACCAAGGCAUUUCCGGCCUUAUAGCUCUGUUAAGUACAACCGUCAAGUAGAGCGAGAAGAUAGUGUAUUGAAUUAAGGACGAAAAAUUUGAAAUAUCGAAGAGGACAAAGUCCUGCAAACAUUUAAAAAAGCCACUCAAUGGCAAAAAUGUUUAAACGUUUGAUAAUUUGAAUUAAAAAUUUUUUUAGUCGUAUGUCUGUGAUUCAUAUUUUAACAUGUGUCAUCUAAUGAUUCAAUAUUUAUGAUUUUAUUUUUUAAAAAUCCAUACAUUUUCUUAUUUUU